GUUUUGCAAUCAGGUCAGUGGAGGCAGCGAGGCGCGGCUGCAGCUAGUCGUGAGGCUCUAAAUUUGGAACCGUCCCUCCUUCGGGGUGUGUUUAAAAUCACCAGAACGGUGCUUUGGGGCUUUCUGUUAACGUUUCCAUCACCUGGAUAGUCUAAGGGAUGCCUGAUCCCUGAAGCUAGAAGGCCUCUGGUGAGAAGGGACAGGGCUUACUCCCACUGGAAUCUGUGGACGUGUCGGGCCCCUUGGGGAGGAAUUCAUUUUCUGCUGAAGGAAGCUCCAGAGGCAUCGGAUGAGCGCUCCCUGGAAUCCCAUGCGCUCCAUUUGGGCUCAGUGUUGACUUGGCUGCGCAGGCUCUGUCGGGGGAACUUCACCCACUAGGUCCUUCAGGCAUGAUCCAGCCCUCAAGCCCGGCGGGGCCCAAGGCUGCGGCGCAGGAGGGGCUGGCCGCCUGCCCCUGUCUCCAUUCUGGUGUUUGACCGUGUGGACGGAAUCAUUCCCCAAUGCCUGGAAAUUCCUCAUUAGGUUACUGUGUUUUCAACAGAGUUUUGUGAACAGCCUUUUAUCUCCAAGCGGAAAGAAAGAAAAUUUUCUCACUCGAAGCCAAAGAGUAUUUCCAGUAUAUUUCUGACGCCAGGUGACGGCAGUGUCAGAACCCUGAGAUGUGGAAAGCUUCAGCAGGCCACGCUGUGUCCAUCGCCCAGGAUGACGCGGGGGCCGAUGACUGGGAGACCGACCCUGAUUUUGUGAAUGACGUGAGUGAGAAGGAGCAAAGAUGGGGUGCCAAGACGGUGCAGGGCUCCGGACACCAGGAGCAUAUCAACAUACACAAACUAAGGGAGAAUGUCUUUCAAGAGCAUCAGACCCUUAAGGAGAAGGAGCUUGAAACAGGACCAAAAGCCUCCCAUGGCUAUGGAGGGAAAUUUGGUGUGGAACAGGACCGAAUGGAUAAGUCAGCUGUCGGCCACGAAUAUCAGUCGAAACUUUCCAAGCACUGCUCGCAGGUGGACUCGGUCCGUGGCUUUGGAGGCAAGUUUGGUGUCCAGAUGGACAGAGUUGAUCAGUCUGCCGUAGGCUUUGAAUACCAGGGGAAGACUGAGAAGCACGCCUCCCAGAAAGACUACUCCAGUGGUUUUGGUGGCAAGUACGGCGUGCAGGCUGACCGAGUAGACAAGAGCGCGGUGGGCUUCGACUACCAGGGCAAGACGGAGAAGCACGAGUCACAGAGAGAUUACUCCAAAGGUUUUGGCGGCAAAUACGGUAUCGACAAGGACAAAGUGGAUAAGAGUGCCGUCGGCUUUGAGUAUCAAGGCAAAACGGAGAAGCACGAGUCCCAGAAAGACUAUGUGAAAGGGUUUGGAGGAAAAUUUGGUGUGCAGACAGACAGACAAGACAAAUGUGCCCUUGGCUGGGAUCACCAGGAGAAAUUGCAGCUGCAUGAAUCCCAAAAAGACUACUCCAAAGGAUUCGGCGGGAAGUAUGGGGUGCAGAAGGAUCGGAUGGAUAAGAAUGCGUCAACCUUUGAGGAUGUCACGCAGGUGUCCUCUGCCUACCAGAAGACAGUACCUGUCGAAGCUGUGACCAGCAAAACAAGUAACAUCAGGGCUAACUUUGAAAACCUCGCUAAGGAGAAAGAGCAGGAGGACAGGCGGAAGGCGGAGGCGGAGAGAGCCCAGCGGAUGGCUAAGGAGCGGCAGGAGCAGGAAGAGGCCAGGAGGAAGCUGGAGGAGCAAGCCAGAGCCAAAACGCAAACGCCCCCUGUGUCGCCCGCACCUCAGCCAACCGAGGAGAGGCUGCCCUCUAGCCCCGUCUAUGAGGAUACGGCUUCCUUCAAGGCAGAGCUGAGCUACAGAGGCCCUGUGAGCGGGACGGAGCCGGAGCCUGUGUACAGCGUGGAGGCCGCUGACUACCGAGAGGCCGGCAGCCAGCAGGGCCUGGCCUAUGCCACAGAGGCUGUCUACGAAAGCGCAGAGGCCCCGGGCCACUAUCCCACAGAGGACAGCACCUACGAUGAGUACGAGAACGAUCUGGGGAUCACAGCCGUCGCCCUGUACGACUACCAGGCUGGUGAGCGGCCUGCAAAAGCGCUCGGAGGGGAGACCCGGGCAGCUGCGCCUGCCUCUGCUUGUUUCCUGAGAAUUCACUUCUCCAGCAUUCGGGCGAUGAUGAGAUCUCAUUUGACCCCGACGACAUCAUCACCAACAUCGAGAUGAUUGAUGAUGGCUGGUGGCGUGGAGUGUGCAAGGGCCGGUAUGGGCUCUUCCCAGCCAACUAUGUGGAGUUGCGGCAGUAGGGCCCCCGCCCCCCGGGAGCUGCGCCCCGGAUCCUCACACUACAGAUCAGGCCUUCUUUGGUUCUUGGGUUUUGGGUUUCUUUUUUUUUUUUUUUUUUGAAGGUGGGGAGGGGAAUAUACACAUUGCUUUUAUAUUUAAUACUUUUGCUGAUGCUUUUGAAAAUGUUUAUGCCACAGAAUUUGCUAAUAUAUUGUAAUCACAUUCCUUAGGAGGACUUUGGUAAUUGGUUUUAUGCAUUGAUGGUUUUUUUUUCUUUUUUUUUUUUGCCAAAUUGACUGUCACACGCAGCAGCUUCAGGGAGCUCACAUUCUCUUGUGUGUGUGUUGCCCAUGUGCCCAUCAAGUGCAGUCGGGACCUCCCAGGACAAGCACGAGGCCUCAGGUCGGCUCUGUGGCGGGUAGGCAGGAAGGACUGUCCCAGACGAGGGGCUUCCUCUAGAGUCUCACUGUUUGGGAGAAGAGGGGUGGGCCUGAUAGAAGUUAACCCGGAGCUAAGUCACCCAGAGCACAGGAGCUGCCAUGUCAGAUGGGAAAUCUGCCUGUGUCAUACCGUGACAGCCCGCAGGAUCAGGUGACUUCUAGCAGAGACCCUGGUUUUUUUCCUGUGCCCACUCCGGCUUAUCCUUGUCUCUACCCAUCUCCUGAUGCCCAGUUUGCUGGGAGGGCUGCUGGGAGCCUCUCCUGCCCCCGCCGGGCAGUGUCACCGAGUCCUUGAAAUCCUCCCCUGCCCCGCGGGUCUCUGGAUUGGGACGCACAGUGCAGUUGAGUGCGUUGGGCUUGGCUUUUCACAAAGGCUGAUGUCUUGACUGUCUCCCAUAAGGGUCCCUGGGACACCAAGCAGCCUGGGGCGGUGUGUGUGCCAUGUCACAGCAUGGCCUCUUGGCCUUGGGAAGGAAGGCAGUGCCUGUUCUGCUGUGAGCUGCCAGGAACCCUCCUCCCAUCAGUGGGGGUGUAGUACUUUUGCCAAAAUACCAUGUUCAAUUACAGUAGUUUGAUCAGUUGAAGGCUAGAAGUGUGAAGUGCAGAUAAGUGUGUGUUCCUCCCCAAGGUCCCCCCACAGCUCCGGGACACGGCUGUCCUGGCAUUUGUGGCCACUCACUUUGUAGGAAACUCAUCUCCUUCCUGAGGAGCCGGGAGGCUGGACCAGUCCCUUCGUGCAGUCAGGUGGGCGCUGUGUCUUUCCAGAAGCUCACGUGGAAAUGUCUCGGGACUUGGGUCCCGGAGCACCCGUGAAGCGCGUGUUUUUGCUCUUGGGGUGCAUUUCUCAUCAUCCUUGCUUUACCACAAUGAGCAGUGAGGUCGGGUUUUAUAUGCAACCUAUUGUAUCUGAAUUCCUGUAGCACACCUCAUAGGUAUGAUUUUUUUAAAUUAAAGAAUUCAGAAUAAACUUUUUUUGAUCCACUUGCGUGA